AUGGCGAUUAUAGAUACUGUUCAAAGAUCUAGGCCUGUUCAACUUGGUAUAGUGUGUUUUUUCUUGAUAGUAUGGUACUUUUUACGGGGAACAUCAGAAGGCUUUACGCCAGAGGAAUUGAAUUCGCUUUUACAGAACAAGGAUGAAAGCACCGUUAUGAUUAAGAAAACUGAGCUAACCACUCAUGGCUUAAAGGCUCCAUACAUAGACCAAUCGACAUUUAAACCAAAAAAUUGGUACUUGGCCGGUAAUACUCUUAUUAAAAAUGAUGCGUAUAUUAGACUAACAUCGGAUAACCAACACCAAGUUGGUAGUAUGUUUUCGAACUUACCAAUCCAGGCGGAAUCAUUUGAAAUGGAAUUGACUUUCCAUGUGCACAGUAAAUCAUCUAAUUUGUUUGGUGAUGGGUUUGGAAUGUGGAUAAUCGAUCGCAAGUCAGAUAUCGGAGAUGUCUUUGGAGCACAAAAUUAUUUCAAAGGAUUGGGCAUAUUCGUUGACACGUACAAAAACGGCAAAAGAGGGCACUUCCCAUACGUUAAUUUGAUGUUGGGUGAUGGUAAUACCCCCUAUAACAAAGAUACAGAUGGAUAUGAAACAAGAUUGGCUGGAUGUACGGCUACAGGACUUAUGAACCCAGCUAAUGAAUUGACCAAAGCACGUAUCGUUUACAUUAAGGAUGGGUACUUUUCUUUAGAUUUUAAUUACAAUAAUAAGCAUGAAGACUGGAAAAACUGUGUCACCCUAACGGAUAUCAAAUUGCCUCAAAUUAAGUAUCUUGGAUUCACGGCUGAGACUGGUGAUCUUUCUGAAAACGUGGAUAUUAUUGAAAAUAAGAUGUAUGCGUUAUACAAACCUGACGGUUCAUUUAUUGAGUCCGUUGAUGAAUUAGAGACCUUAAUGCAAGAACAAAGUGACAAUGAAGAACUGUUCCAGCAAGCAGUUGAUGAGAUUAAAGAAGGUGGCAAGCAUAGAAAGAUAAAGAAAAAGUCAAAAAUAAGACGUAAAUCAUUAAGCAGAUUAAAAAAUUCUGAAAAAAAAAUUAAGGAGCGUGAACGUAAGUUGCGGUUAGAGAAGUAUGGAGAUGAAGAUGCUACAUUAUUUAAAAGACUAUUGAAAGGAGUUCUUUAUUCUUUGAAAUUAAUAUUUUAUAUAUUAUUGUUAGGCUGUUUAAUUUGGAUAGGAAACAUAGUUUACCGAGUCCAAGCACAAAAGAAAAAGCUGAAAGUCACUGGUCUAUUAGAUUAA